CCUUUAUAUUCAUCCUUUGGUAGACGCGGUACGUACGGAAGAAUCCGUUCCAAUCGGUGAUAUAACGUGACCGAGAACGAUUGAAGAUGACCGAGACUUUACAGCUGAGAGGGACGCUUCGCGGCCACAAUGGAUGGGUCACGCAAAUCGCGACAAACCCGAAAUAUCCAGACAUGAUUUUGUCUUCUUCACGUGAUAAGACUCUGAUUGUGUGGAAAUUGACUCGUGAUGAAGCUAACUAUGGUAUCCCGCAGAAGCGUCUCUAUGGUCACUCACACUUCAUAAGUGAUGUAGUUCUUUCAUCUGAUGGUAACUACGCUCUGUCUGGUUCAUGGGACAAAACAUUGCGUCUUUGGGAUCUCGCAGCAGGUCGUACGACCAGACGAUUUGAAGACCAUACCAAGGAUGUUUUGAGUGUCGCUUUUUCCGUGGACAAUCGUCAGAUUGUUUCCGGUUCGCGAGACAAGACAAUUAAAUUGUGGAAUACAUUGGCCGAAUGCAAGUAUACCAUCCAGGAUGAUGGGCAUACAGAUUGGGUCAGCUGUGUGCGCUUCUCCCCCAAUCAUGCAAAUCCCAUCAUUGUCUCUGCAGGCUGGGAUCGCGUUGUCAAGGUCUGGAACUUAACGAACUGCAGGUUGAAGAUCAAUCAUAGUGGUCAUACAGGAUAUCUGAAUACAGUUACGGUAUCGCCUGAUGGAUCACUCUGCGCAUCCGGUGGAAAAGAUUGCAAAGCUAUGCUGUGGGAUCUGAAUGAUGGAAAACAUCUCCACACUUUAGACCAUAAUGACAUCAUUACGGCAUUAUGCUUUAGUCCUAAUCGUUAUUGGCUGUGCGCCGCAUUCGGACCAUGGAUUAAGAUAUGGGAUCUUGAGACUAAGGAAAUGGUUGAAGAACUGAAACCUGAGGUUGUGUCUGCAACUAGUAAAGCAGAGCCACCUCUCUGUUUGUCCCUCGCGUGGUCCACCGACGGUCAAACGUUGUUCGCUGGAUACUCCGAUAAUACUAUUCGUGUCUGGCAAGUUUCUGUAUCCAGCAGAUAAAUAUUUUGUAAUAAAUGAUUAAAUUCAAUUCUCAACUGUA